AUGAUGAAAGUAAACGAACCACUUGUCAAUUGUGAUACAUCCGUCUUUGUCCUAAGUGUCCGAAUCCGCCGCAAGACCGAUAAAGUCAUUCUUGCUGUUCUAGUGUGGGUUUACUUUCUACAGAUUCUCGACAAAACCGUCCUCGGCUAUGGUUCCUUGUUCGGCCUCCAGGAAGGUACUGGCCUUACUGGAAAUCGUUAUUCCCUCGUAGGGUCUAUCGGCCCUAUUGCGCAACUGGCAUGGCAGCCUUUCUCCAUGUUCUUGAUCGUCAAAGUGCCGCCGCGCAUCCUCAUGUCAACCCUCGUCCUUGGGAUGGGAAUUUCACAGGGAGCUAUAGCAGCAUCCUACAAUUACGUAGGGCUUCUCGCCAGCUGCUUCUUUCUGGGUUUGUUUCAAGCAGGUUGUCUUCCCCUUUUCAGUAUCAUCACUAGCCAGUGGUAUCGCCGUGUGGAGCAACCACUCCGUGUGGCAGCAUGGUAUAGCACCAAUGGAGCUGCAACUAUUGUUGCAUCAACCAUUUCAUUUGGGUUGGGCCACAUCCUAUCCGAGAGACUUCAAUCAUGGCAGAUGCGGUCGAACGCCUACGCGCAAACCAAACGGGAACAGGCGCUGGCCACAAAGAAUUUAAAUGGUCGCACGUCAUCGAAGCUGUCAGAGCCAAAAACGUACCUUUGGAUAGCCAUGAGUCUGCUCCUCAGCGUGGGCUCCGCGGUGACCAAUGUAUUUGGGCCGCUCAUACUCAACGGACUGGGUUAUGACAAAUACCACUCCUCUCUCCUCAACAUCCCCUUCGGCACCAUCCAGCUAAUCGCCAUCCUGGUCACUUCACACAUCGCUCAAAAAUGUCGCGUCAAAUCCGCAAUUCUCGUCCUUUUGAUUCUACCAGUCAUCGCUGGCCUGACCAUGCUCCACGUCCUAGAUAGAAACCCAUCUCAAAAAUCUACGUUACUAGUUGCGUACUAUAUGCUUGCCAUUCUCUUUGGUGGAGUUCCUCUCAUCGUCGCCUGGAUCGUAGGAAACACGGCCGGAGCGACGAAACAGUCAGUUAUAACAUCUCUAUACAACGCCGGUUCCUCGGCCGGUAAUAUCAUAGGUCUUCUCCUUUUCAACAAGGCUGACGCCCCAAGUUAUCACCUCGGUCUGCGCAAUGUGCUUGGGAUUUUUGUCGUGCUAGUGGGGGUCGUACUCCUACAAGCUGGGAAUUUGGUUCUGUUGAAUCAGGUACAGAAAAUGAGAAGAAUUGCGGAUGGCAAGGAGGCGGCUAUAGUGGAUCGGUCGAUGGAGGAACGGUACAUCCACACUGACGAAAGUAAUGGGCAUGGUGGUGCUGGUGGGAGAGAGAAUCCACAAGAUCAUGCUCUUCUCGACUUGACGGAUCGCGAAAACAAUGAGUUUGUGUAUAUUUAUUGA